AAAUCAAUUCUUAUCUAACGAAGACUGAUUCCAAAAAAGACCCGGCGCCGGUGUAAAAUGAGCGUGGAGCCGCAGGACGAUGACAGUCUAAAAUUAGGCAGCAGGGAGAACAGUACCGGUAAAGAUCUCAGUCAGUCGAGAAGUAGUAUCAAGAGCACAAAAAGUAUUGAAAAGGCGAUUAAUUCAAGUACGGGAAGUUUGCGGGCUGACAAAGACGUGCAUUUCGGGAAGGAAAGUGUCAAAUCGAUUAGUCCCGAUCAUUCCGCGACAGUUUCACACAAAAUAAUCGCUAACUGGCGUAACGCUUGCAGCAAAACCAAAGAUCGCACAAAAGAUCUCCUAAAGCGGUGGAGGACACUCCCCGAAUACGAAGACGCGGAAGGACAUAAGAAAAAAAUAGGUGCUUUGGAGAAAGACGAAACCCACCGGAAUGGUUCCGGCUGGAGUGUUCAUGUUUGGACCACUUGGGUUGAUAGACUUACAGGAGACGCUACUGAUUUUGAAGACGACGACGAAGUAUUCCAACCUAAAUUAACUGCUACGCAGAGCAAUAAGUUUUUAUAUUUUUUUAAUACCCUUUUGGAUCAUGAUCAGGACAAUCUCAUCAGUGAAGAGGAUUUUGAAGCAUUUAUUGAACGUCUUCGCCAUUUCGCCGAUUGGUCAAUAAACUCGCAAGAAUACAACACAUUGCGGGAGGUUGAACAAGGAUUCAUUGAAACUUUUUUACAAGACUUGGGCGAUGACAAAUUCGGAUUCACCGUCAAUGAUCAUAAUUAUAUUACGCAGGAUGGUUGGCUUUACAAAUGGGGAUGUUUGAUACUCGGUUGUCGAAAUCUCUCCGAUUUUCCCGUUUGGUUGCAAUAUUUCGUGAAAAUAUUAUUUCAAAUUAUUAAUAAAAGUGGGAAUGGGAUUAUUUCUCGCGAUGAAUUAAAAUCGUUUUACUCAUCUGUACUUGGAUUUGAAUCGACGAAAGUUGAUGCUACUUUUGAUGUUGCUUAUCGUAUGUUAACCUCGAAUGGUGAUCAUCCAUUAACAUACAGGGUAUACCAAUUGUGUUUUGCCAACUACCUCUUAGCUCGUUACCCAAACGGACCUGGUCAAUAUAUAUUUGGAGCAAUACCUACGUUAAUAACAUCGGCGUUAUUUCCGAUUGAUUAUUCAGCUUUGAACACGCAACCGGAAGAUUUGGAGCAAUAUAUCCCGGAUCAAAAGUCAAAUAGGCGUAGCAUAAUAGUGUAAGAAAUCUUCCUUAAAAGAAAUUAAAACCAAAAAUUGUGGAAGCUUUCGUUCCGUAAACGCACACCCUUCCAUGCUACGUGCACUUCUUAAAAGGUAUUUUCUAUCACAAGUGCACCUUUAACCAAAAUUCAAAAUAUAACGUUAAAAAAAAUAAUAAUGAAAUUCUAAAGCUAUGUGAUACUUAUUAUUAAGCGUCAUUGACGUUUUUUCUUACUUACUGCUCACUUUUACCCUAGAAUUUAAAUGUUUGUUGAAUUGAAUUAAUGGAAGUGAAAACGUAUAAAAUUAAAGUCAAUAAAAAAAAUUAAUCAAAAUG